GCAGGGAGAGCCCGCAGACAGUCCAGCGUCUCCAGGCAGGACUCAGUGAAGACUACCGCUCCGCACUGCGCUGCUUCAGCACAGAGGGCUGCCAGCCUGAAGGGACUCAAACACUCCUAGAAACACUCAGAGACACGCAUAAAGCAACAUCACUGCUUUAUUUUUGUGUUUUUUUUUGCGUGUGGGGGGCCAUGGCUGAUGUAAGUUCAAACGAGUCGUCCACCUCGGACGUGGCGAAUAGGUUCGCUCGCAAAGGUGCUCUGAGGCAAAAAAACGUCUUCGAAGUCAAGAACCAUAAAUUCAUAGCCAGGUUCUUCAAGCAGCCGACUUUCUGCAGCCACUGCACCGACUUCAUCUGGGGAUUUGGAAAACAAGGAUUCCAGUGCCAAGUUUGCUGUUUUGUGGUCCACAAGAGGUGCCAUGAGUUCGUUACGUUCUCCUGCCCCGGGGCGGACAAGGGGCCUGACACAGACGACCCCAGAACGAAGCAUAAGUUUAAGAUCCACACUUAUGGGAGCCCCACCUUCUGCGACCACUGUGGAUCUCUGCUGUAUGGCCUCAUCCAUCAGGGCAUGAAAUGUGAAACCUGCGAUAUGAACGUCCACAAGCAGUGUGUGAUGAACGUCCCCAGCCUUUGUGGGAUGGACUUCACCGAAAGGAGGGGACGUGUUUACCUCAAGUGUGAGGUCAACGGGGAUAAACUGCAGGUCACAGUGAGUGAAGGCAGGAACCUGAUUCCCAUGGACCCCAACGGCCUGUCUGAUCCUUAUGUCAAGCUCAAGCUCAUACCAGACCCCAAAAAUGAGACCAAGCAGAAGACCAAAACCAUCCGCUCCAGUCUCAACCCCACCUGGAAUGAGACCUUUACUUUCAAGCUGAAGCCAACAGACAAGGACCGCAGGCUGUCGGUGGAGGUGUGGGACUGGGACCGGACCACCAGGAAUGACUUCAUGGGGUCCCUUUCCUUCGGUGUGUCGGAGCUCAUGAAGGCUCCUGUCUGCGGCUGGUAUAAGAUGUUGUGCCAGGAGGAGGGGGAGUACUACAACGUGCCCAUCCCAGAGGAAGAUGAUGGCAAUGAAGAACUGAGACAGAAAUUUGAGAAAGCCAAGCUAGGUCCCACCAAGAAGGUGAUCACCCCGACGGACGACAACCGCUCCAGUCUGCUGCCCUCCAACAACCUUGAUGAGGUCAAACUCAACGACUUCAGCUUCCUGGCUGUGCUGGGGAAAGGCAGCUUUGGCAAGGUCAUGCUUGCUGAGAUGAAAACCACUGAGGAGCUGUACGCCAUAAAGAUCCUGAAGAAGGACGUGGUGAUCCAGGACGAUGAUGUGGAGUGCACCAUGGUGGAGAAGAGGGUCCUGGCCCAGCAGGACAAGCCACCCUUCCUCACACAGCUGCACUCGUGUUUCCAGACUGUGGACCGUCUGUACUUCGUCAUGGAGUAUGUGACUGGAGGAGACCUCAUGUAUCACAUCCAGCAAGUGGGCAAGUUCAAGGAGCCGCAGGCAGUGUUCUAUGCAGCAGAGAUCGCUGUUGGUCUCUUCUUCCUGCACAAGAAAGGAAUCAUAUACAGGGAUCUGAAGCUGGACAAUGUGAUGCUGGACUCUGAGGGACACAUUAAGAUUGCAGACUUUGGCAUGUGUAAAGAGAACAUGGACGAGGGAGUCACCACGCGCACCUUCUGCGGGACCCCGGACUAUAUCGCCCCGGAGAUCAUAGCAUAUCAGCCAUAUGGACGUUCUGUAGACUGGUGGGCCUAUGGAGUGCUGCUCUAUGAAAUGCUGGCAGGACAGCCUCCAUUUGACGGAGAGGAUGAAGACGAGUUGUUCCAGUCCAUCAUGGAGCACAACGUGUCCUACCCCAAGUCCUUGUCGAAAGAGGCCGUGUCCGUCUGUAAAGGGCUGAUGACCAAGCACCCGUCCAAGCGUCUGGGCUGCAGCCUGGAGGGAGAGAGGGACAUCAGAGAGCACGCCUUCUACAGACGCAUCGACUGGGAUCGCCUCGAGAACAGGGAGAUACAGCCUCCGUUCAAGCCCAAAGUGUGUGGCAAAGGAGCAGAGAACUUUGACAAGUUCUUCACACGUACCCAGCCACAGCUCACGCCGCCAGAUGAGCUGGUUAUCGCCAACAUCGACCAGGCUGACUUUGCAGGGUUCUCUUUCAUCAACCCACAGUUUGUACACCCCUCAUUGAACGUCACCGAAUGAGAAGGAUGGGCAACGAUCUCCGUAAAGAAUCUCCCUGCUCACUGCCACCCACUAAAGCCAACCGCCAAGCUAACAUCUGACCACAACUUGAUCAACGCCCAUACUAAACCUCUGUGUAUUGAUUUUAUUAGGAAGCAGCAUUCUAGAACAUGUUUUUUUCUGUAUGAUGUCUGUGCCGGAAUGAAUAGAUUAUCCAGCAUAAAUGUAAAGGCUACCACAAGAAACAAUUUUUGAUCAUGAGAGUGCAGACAAGGAUGCCCCUUUCUUCCCCUGUAAUUUGUAUUGGACACUUUAUUAUCUCUUAAAGGCAUUGAGAUGGGAGAAAGGGUGUCAGACUUUAUUAUGCUAUGCCAGUAUAUGACUUAAUUAAGAGCUUAAUUAAGGAACUUUUAACUAUGAUAACAUUUAAGGGAUGGAUUAACUAAUUUUGCAAAAACUGAUGUCUCGCAAUUUGUUGACGCUUUACUAAUCUCAAUGGAUUCCCAUUACAGCCUGCACCAGUGGUGGGUUUAUAGUUCACAAUAUAUUCUGUAUGGAUCAUUAUCACUAUAUAGAUAUUAUGUGAUGACCUAAAAGCCACUCACAUAAGGCAGUGUAGAAGCUAAAGCCAAAUAUGAAGGACAGGGGGUGCCAGCGCUGAAGCAGCACCUUGUGAUUUAAUGUUUGUAUACUGUAUCUUGUUUACAGUUUUCUUCCCAUUUCUGUUGUUUUUAUGGUGAUGGUGAGAUUCUAUUUUAGUACAAUUUAAUUCUAGCCAGUCUCACGUUCCAGUGUGUGUAGCAAAUCACCAAAAGAGCUAACAUCUACCAUGAAUAAAUAAUAAUACAGCCUGUAAAAAAGCAAAUACAAGAGACACGAAUGCAUGUACAUGUGUCAGGGGAGCACGCAUGUUAAUGUCAAACCCAAGUUGUCACAACUAUUAGUUGAACUGUUAUCACCCUCUUCGCAGUUUAUUUUGCCUGGUUUUCAAAUAUGGCUACACACACCCCCUUACUUGAGCUGCAGGUUGUAGUUCCCUUGUCAUUAAUUUUAUAAAAGCCAGAAGGGAAUACACAGAAAUCAGUUUAGCAUGUGGGCAGUGGCAGAACAUAGUCAUGUAUACCUUGAAAAAUCAGACCAUAGGAUUUUACAGUUUGUCAUUUUUAAUACCAUUCAGUGUUAACCACUGUGUCUGUGUCUGCAUGCCCGCAACUAAAACCAAGUCUCCCUAUGGCCAUAAAUCUCUUUACAAGAACCGCUUUCAAAUUCAGGUCCUUUAAACCACUUGCUUGAAAUUACCCAAACUUGGAUGUAUCUUUUAAUGUUGUCAAUUUCAAUUUUUUAGACUUUAAAAUAAAUUGAUGUCAAAUCAUUGUUUCUCUAUUAACCAUGCAAUGUUUAUUGCAUAUCAUGCUCACAUAUAUAAAGUAGAUAAACAUAUUUGUCUGGUUUCUUGGAUGCAGAAGAAGUUGCAGAACAAAAAAGAUGUGUGUUGGAAGGAACAUCACAGCCAUGCUUUGUUGUCCUGAGAACAAGCUUGUCCUGUAUCCAGGCAUAUGCCAGCAAGAUGAUCAUAUUAUUACCUGGAAUCCUUUUUGUGUGUCCUUUUUUGUUUUCUGUACUAGCUCUGAAAUAGAUUAGUUUUUAAUUUUGCUCUGCUCUUGUGAUGUCAUACAUAUUUUUCCAUUAGAUCAGAUUAAUAAUAUUUUAUUGUAUCACCUACCAGUGUAUAACUCCUUUGUAAAUAUUCACGAGUUAUUUAAAAGAUAUAGCAACUUACAGUUUUUAUACCAACACCUGAAUGUGCUUUUAUUACAUUAGAUAGGUUAACGUAUAUUUCUAUGUAAAAAAAAAAAAAAAAAAGAAACAAACAAACAAAAAGCAAAGAGCCCAUUACAGAUUAACUUCGUAACAGCUGGGUGUCUUUCAUAGAGUCCAGAUUUAGCAAAUUGUGCAAGAUAUAUGUGCAGCUUGUUUCAGCAAAUUUAUCAAAGCUUUUUUUUUUUUUUUUUUUUUUUCGUUUCCUCAAUUCAUAUCCAAUGUUUUUGAAUGCAAAUAGUGUGUUGACUGGAUGCGUGCCUGGCUGUUGAAUGCCCUCCUGUAUCUGCAUGCUGUUGGUUGGGAUCAUCCAUGCACGUUAAACAAAAUGCUGCAUGCUACUAAGUAUGAAACCCCGAGGAGUUACAAUCUUAAAGAUGGAUCUAGGGUCCCCAAAUUUAACCUGGGCCCUCACACAUCAAGUACCUUAAGAGUGCUGAUCUGAGACCAGCCAGGCUGUUUUAGAUUUGGCUGUUUGGGUUUUGUCAGUGCUGUAUCAAAGUCUACAAGGUUUUGAUGAAAGAAGAACAGGUGGCAAGUUUUGAAAGCGCUCAGAUUCAAGGCAGAUUGGUAAGCUGUGCAACUCGAAGAACAAAGAACCCAUCAUCAUUAUUAUUAUCUGCAAUAAUUAGAUUAUAGAUUUGCUGAAAAUCCCACACAUUACUUUUAAAGUGACAUGUACUCUUUUUUUUCCCCUGUGAACUGGCCAUUGGUUCUAGAUCAGUCCUCUUAUCUGUAGAAGCUUGAUUUCUGUGGCCCCUGGUUCCCUUUACCUUUACCUGUUUUAGGGCGAUGUGGAUCACUGAAUCCAGAUCUGUUGUGAGAUAUGAUUCAAUAGCACUGCUCUGUCACUAGACCAGUGGGACCACUCGCUCUAUAGUGUCUCAUCAGUGGGGCUUAUGUUAUGAUAUUAAUGUUGUGUUGUCAGUUUGUAGGUUUUUUGUUUUGUUUUGUUUUGUUUUGUUUUUGUCAGUGUUGUCAAUUUUAUUUCUCUAGUCUGUGCUCAAAUAAUUCAGGAAUGUUCAAAGGAAAUAUCAGUGUAGAAAACUCAUAUCUGACUGACAAAUAUAUAUAUAUAGUAUGUAUGGAAACCUUUUUAAUAUUUUCUCCCUGUUUUUCUAAGGGUUGUGUUCUCUCCCUGUGUUGGCUAUUGUGUAACCUUUCGCCUGUGCCAAACCGGAAAACGCCAGAACCCGACAAUAGCAGCGUUGCACUACCUGUAGUUAUACUGAUGACUCUCUGUGGCAGCUUCUCUCUGUAUAGGCUGAGACCUGCCUGAAGCCACACCCGCUAUACACUCUCUGUCUGCCGCAUAACAUAUUGCAUGUAGCCAUGAGUGCACCAAUGCACAUUGAUGUCAGUACAAUUUACCGUGGUAAAGUUAGGUAGUCGACUCAACUUUCGCAGUAAUCAAUUAGUAGAUCUUCUUCCCAAGGAGCCAGUCUAGCCCUGGGCGCAACUCCCUGAACAAGAUUUCAACUUCUGGAGCGUUUGAUUCAGUGUUUACAGCCUCAAAAGUGGGCUGUAGAGAAGUGAGAGAAAAUGCUCCACAUAAUGUAUACUGUAUGUUCACACAGGACAUACUCAGCAACAGAUUUGCCCUUGUCUUAACCUCUCCUAAACUGCAUCUCUGUAUAUGUUUACAUAAUGGCCCAGGUCUAAUGAGAGGAGUCCAUCCCAUCCAAGUUGAAAACAUCCUUAAUGACAGUAAACCUCUGUAAAAGCUGUUUCCCUUUUCCUACAGCUAUUUUCAUUUCCUUUAAGGAUACAUUACAGUCGAAGGCAUAAACGGCAAUUCAGAAUCACCCUUCCCCUUCUGUGCCUUCCCUGACCUGGACCGAGAUACAUUUCCCUCUCAGUCUUCAUCCUCCUCCUCCUCGUCCAUCUGUCCAUUCUCUCGGCCACAGCCAACUGGCCAUGCGGUGAAAUGUAGUAGAGCAUUACCUAGCGUACAAUCCAAUGUGACAUUAGCACUUUCUAACCCAGUAAAGUUGAUUUAAUCUCUUCAGCAUCUGGUCAGUAAAUCAAAACCGUGAGCACAACAUCUUGUAGACUGGGGCCAAUAUGUUUUACAACCAGAAAAACUGUACAAGUUGACUGAUCCUUUUUGUGUUAACGUGUCCGCUUUACCUUUUACCUCCCUGUGCCUAUUAACAACUGAAUGAUUUAGUGAGUUAAUAACUGAAUUUGUGAAUACACAAGUCAACAAGUGAGUUUCUAUCAGGAAUAUCCCAGGAUGGGUUUAGGUGGUGGGGGAGGCGAAGGAACAAUGAGCAAGUGAUGGAUGGGGAUUGGCAUAGACGAAUGAAGGGAUGGAUGAGUGAAGAAUGGUUUGAAGGACAACCCCCGUGCCUCGUCAUAUUGACCCAGCCCUCCUGUCUUCUAGUGUACAUCCCACUGUCUCUCUACCUUUCUCUGUCUCUUCCUUCUUCAGUGCCUGGGCAAUCAAUCCGUCAUCAUAUCAACAAAGCCCUCCUCUGGUCACCUUUAAAAACCCAUCAGUUUGCAAAAGCAGUUUCAUUUUCUUGCACACAGCUCACACUGCUGACAGUUCCCCCUUUCCUUAGUCCUCCUCUCUUCAAAUUCUCUCUAAUGUACCGUAGGAAAGAAAUUAGCAAAAUGUUCUAUGGGUUUGACUUUGUUUACACCAGAUUCUCGAUUCUGUUUUCUUCAUUUUUAAUGUAAUUGAUGUGAAUGGCCAGACAAUACACUGACGUGAAGAUACUAUCUUAAAUGUCAGGAUUCGAGGGGGGGGGUGGGCUGCUCUGAUUUGUUUUCUUUUCAAUUGGCAUUUGUCACAUUUCUUUUAGGCAUAUGUAUGCUUUAUAUGCAUCUUGUUUGACAUCUCUGUGCUUAGACAAUGCUCUCCGCUGGUUCUGUGUCCUGUUUGUUGUGAAAAGAGCAACGUGAAGUGAAUUGCCAUCUUUUUGGCCAUACAGAGCACAGCAUCAAUGAAAUGCGGGAUUGCCUUAUCUCUUAACCCAUACAGUGACAUCAUCUGUUAUUCUCCCAUCUUUGUUCAUUUAUAAACCAAGCGCUUCUUCUGUCUUUGUACAUAAAUGAUUUAGAUAUCUACAUAGACUGUAAAACGAAGGAAUAUAUUGUAUUUUGCAAAUGGUGUAUGUUCGUUUUCCUCCCCCCCGCCCGUCAGCCUGAAACCUUUAAAAUGAGUCUGAGCUACUUACCUUGUAAUCGAUUGUGUCAUUUGUACCUAAUGUAUGAUAAUACAAAUAAAAAAAAAGGAAAAUGAUA